CAGCUCUCAGGCAAGGCUUUCUUCAUACCACACACACACACACACACACACACACACACACACAGAACACAGUCGUCGUCCGCUCCGAAAUGGCCUACGCGACGCAGCAUCGGCGCCGAGCCAUUCUUGUCCUGGCCGCCAUCGCCCUCCUCCUGGUGUCUCCCAUUGCAGCCGCAGCCGCCGUCGCCGCCGGGUGCGAGGGCGACAAGCUCCCCGCGGGCCGGAUCUACGCGCACUGCGCGGCGCUCCCGUCCCUCGGCGCCAGGCUGCACUGGACGUACGACGCCAAGACGGGGUCGCUGUCCGUGGCGUUCGUGGCCAAGCCGGCGGGCGCGGGCGGCGCCGGGUGGGUGUCGUGGGCGAUCAACCCGGCGGGCGAGGGCAUGAAGGGCGCGCAGGCGCUGCUGGCCCUCAAGAGCCCCGCCGCCCCCUCGUCGUCCUACGUAGUCAACACCUACAACGUGACCGGGUACACCGCGCUGGGCGCCGCGUCCACGCCCAUCGCGUACAGGGCCGCGGAGCUCGCCGCCGACGAGAGCGGCGGCGGGGAGGUGCGCAUCUACGGGAAGCUGCAGCUGGCACCCGGCCUGGAGAAGGUGAGCCACAUCUGGCAGGUGGGAUCCACGGUGGCCAACGGCGCGCCGGUCAAGCACGCGUUCGACACGGCCAACCUCCAGGCCAAGGGCACGCUCGUCCUCUCCGGCGCCGCGCUGCCCGUGGAGGCGGCGCCGGCUCCCGCCCCGGUGGGCUCUGGUGGUGCCUCGCCGGCGAAGGGAGGAGGCGAUAGUGGAGCCGCCCCGUCUACUGGCGGGACCAGCAACUCGGCGGCUGCUAAGGCCACCACCUACGUGUGUGUUUCAGUGCUCACGCUGCUGGCGGCGGCAUUGGCAGGUUCCUUGGCGAUGUAACAAACAGUUCCGAAUCAUACGGCCAAGCAGUUCCUGCCUUCUUGGCGGUGGCACGUACGUACGCUGACAAGCGGGAGAGAGAUGACACAACACACACAUGAGAUUAUUAGCAUCCUCUUGUCUUGCAUAUGCCUGCGCGCAAUCCUGUUCUCGUUAGCUGUUGGCACGCGUUCGGUUUCGCCAUCUGAUUUACCCUGUAUGUUGUGUUGUUCCGAGUGUUGUCUCGUUCUUAAAUACGUAGUACGGCAGAACUCAUGUCCCUGUUAGUAGGAUUAUUUCUUCUUCUCUUC